GGUCUACACAAAACCCAAUUUAUUCUUCCCGCUCAUUUCAAAGGAAAACCCCUUUGUCUAGGGUUUGGCAUUUCUUCUCCAUUCCGUCUGAUCCUCAGUGAUGCGUUCCAUAUUAGUGUAAUCCGAAACUCUCACAGAAUCAAGAAAAUGAGUGUUCCCAUGGAGAUCUCUCUGCAAAAUCCCAACGACGCCGACACCUCCGACCAAAACGGCGGCGUUCCUGAACCGGCAGUUCCUUCUCCUACACUGUCUGAAGACAAAGUUCUCGUUUCAGUUGAAGUUUGCUUAAAACCCUCCAGCACAGCUCGGUUAGAAGAUGUUCGAUUGGCGGUCGAGAGGAUGCUUGAAAAAAGGAGUUUAAGCUACAUUGAUGGUCCCAUUCUGGUGCCUAUAGAUGAUAUAUUUCUUGUAGAAAAUGUGCAAAGAAUCCACAUUUGUGAUUCGGAUAUAUGGGUGGAGAACCAUGAUAUCCUUCUGUUCUGGCAAGUCAAACCUAUUGUGCAUGUAUUUCAGCUCAGUGAGGAAGGACCAUGUGAGGACUUAAGCGGGGAAGCCCAACUUUCUAGCUUCAACGAAUGGAUUCUUCCAGCAAAAGAAUUUGAUGGCAUGUGGGAAAGCUUAAUUUAUGAAUCUGGCCUCAAACAAAGGUUGUUGCGGUAUGCGGCAAGUGCUUUGCUCUUUACUGAAAAGGGCGUUGAUCCUUUCCUUGUAUCAUGGAACCGCAUUAUUCUUCUGCAUGGACCUCCAGGGACAGGCAAGACAUCUUUAUGCAAAGCAUUGGCUCAAAAACUGUCAAUACAUUUUAACCACAGAUACCCACAGUGCCAAUUGAUUGAAGUUAAUGCGCAUUCUUUGUUCAGUAAAUGGUUUUCUGAAAGUGGCAAGUUGGUUGCAAAACUUUUUCAAAAAAUUCAAGAAAUGGUGGAGGAAGAAAACAAUCUGGUAUUUGUUUUGAUUGAUGAAGUUGAAAGCCUUGCUGCUGCAAGAAAAGCUGCUUUGUCUGGUUCUGAACCAUCAGAUUCUAUAAGGGUUGUGAAUGCACUAUUGACUCAUAUGGACAAAUUGAAAUCCUCACCAAAUGUGAUAAUUCUUACCACUUCCAAUAUAACUGCUGCUAUUGAUGUAGCUUUUGUCGAUCGAGCAGACAUCAAAGCAUAUGUUGGUCCACCAACUCUUCACGCACGUUAUGAAAUACUAAGGUCCUGCUUGCAGGAGCUUUUACGUACUGGAAUCUUGUCAAAACCCCAGGAUGGUGAUCACCUCGAACUUCCAAAUUAUGGUAGUUUGAAAGAGAAGUUGAAAAUGCAAGGAGUAGAAGGUUCUCAAACUCCACUACAUCUGCCUAAACAAUUACUUAAAGCUGCAGAGGCAUGUGAGGGUUUGAGUGGAAGAUCAUUGAGAAAGCUUCCGUUCUUGACUCACGCAGCUCUUGCCAACCCAAACAGUUGUGACCCAAACAAGUUUUUGAGCACAAUGGCAGAUAUAGCUAGAAGAGAACGUUCUGAACUACCAGACUAACGAAAAACGACCAAUUUCUUCAAUCAGAAGAUGCUUUUUCUGAUUUUAGGUGUUAAAAACUUUCAAAUCCAGCGGUUAUGAUCCAGAAAUUGAGUGAAUGGUCUUUAAGAAAGUAUCCACUCAGUGCCUGUAGCUCUUGAUAGUUUGUCACCAUACCAAGGUUUUGUGUACAGUGACCAAUACAGCUAAGAAGGGUGUUGUGGACUACAUUUGUAAUGUUUGAUUCUGUAAUGUUGAAGUUGGUGUUAUAUGAUAUGAUCUUUUAGAUUCACUGCAACUAUGAUGGUCCAUUUUAUUGCCUUUGUAGUUUGGGAAUGUGAAGUUGAUUCUCAUAGUAUUAUUCAUUGAAAGACCAAUUGCAUUACUAGGCUUUGUUUGAAGUUUUUUUUUUUUUUUUGUUUUUUUAACCUUUAUAUGAGUGGUGCUGCGAUAACAAUAUUUAUUUAUAGAAAUUUUCAUUUGAGUAAUGCUACCAAAACUCGGUAUUAAAUAAUAUUUUAUUACAAAUAUGAAGUUUCUCAAUU